GUGCAUGAGUGAGGGAUGAGUAGGAAGGGAGGGAAAGAAAGAGAGAAGGGGCCAGAUAUCAACACAUACCGCAUCACAGCAGUAGAUUGCAGGCACAGCGUCAGAGCAGAGAGGAUAUAGCCGCAUAGAACCAAAGCCAGCACUAUCAUUAGACACUGAAUCAGGAGUAUAGCAUUGUAUACCAGCUGUACCGUGCUACCUAAAGCUGGAGACAUACACUGUGUGUGGAAGAGAGGCUGUACAUGUAUACAGAGAGAACAGCGCAGCGUGAUACAGCCCUGGAUAAGUGUUUCGUUAAUGAGAAGAGUUGGGGAGAAUGAGUCUUGACCCUGUUCAGGUCAUGAAGGGGCAAGACCCCUUGCCCAAAACCUGCCCGUCAGCUUCAAAUGGGGAUAGCAAAGCAUCCUGGGACGACAGCAAGGAUAUCCAUGAAAAUGUGGGUUCUACAAAGAAGCCCAAACCAGGACCUGUGAGACGGGCCAGGAAGGUGGAAGGAGGCAUAUUCUUUCCCAAACCAGAGAACGCGGUCACCAUUGCUGUGUCGUCGAGGGUUCUGUUCCGCACAGAGAAAGAGCAGAAGGUGUUUGAGCAGAAGGGAAUAGAGGAGUACCUUAGGUAUCAGGUGGAGCACGAAAAUGAGCCCUUUGCUCCUGGCCCAGCAUUCCCAUUUGUUAAGGCACUGGAAGCAGUAAAUAGCCAGUUGCGAGAGCUCUAUCCAGAUAGCGAGGAGCUUUUUGACAUUGUGCUAGUAACCUACAACCAUGCUCAUGUAGGCAUCAGACUCAUCAACACCAUCAACUACCACAAAGAUCAUGAAGGUAAGUAAAUGAUGAUUAUUCAUGUUAGAAAAUUACAUGCGUUUUGAUAUAAGGCAGUAAAAUGUAAAUAAAGGUAGCUCAGCAUUAAAUCAUAAACAAUAAAACAGUAAAAUGUAGACUGCUAUGCUAUAUUAUUAAUCAAUAAGUCAAAGGCAUGGGAUACAAAGUAAUGACAGGAUUCUGAGGAAACAAAACUGUAAAUGCAAA